UAUAAAAUCACCCUUGAGAAAGAAAAUAUAUGGGUGUUUUGAGAAACCCAAAAAUUGUCUCAUCAAGUUGCUGAUUCUACUCCUAGUUUUAUCAUAUUCCAAAUAAAGUUGUGUUUAAAUUAAAGCCGGUUAAGAUGGGUGAGGAGCAAAAUCUAAAGCAGACAUUUUGCUAUUCAAGAGUUAUUAUAGUCAACAUGGUUCCUUUAGAGCACCUAAAAUUAAAGCAUUCCUAUAUGUUGAAAAGUCAUUCAACACUGGCUUUCAAUCUCCAUCAGUCUUUAUAACAAAAAAUGAAAGGCAGGGAUUCUGCUAAACAACACAAUUAAUUUCCUGUGAUUUUAUUUGCUAUAGUGAUAUUUUACUUGUGACAAAAGGAUUCCUAGCUACUUUUUGAUCAAUGUUGACUGAUAUGAAGACAUGCAUAGGCAAAAAUGAUGUAACUCUAGCAUCUGUUAACACAGUUUAGUUGUUUUCUAUGCUCGGUUGUGGAUAUCCUAGCCGCACAAACAUGCCUCAAUUAUGAAUGGAUGGCCUGAUGGCUGAUGGGCCAUCCAAGCUAAAGGAAAUUCCCUUAUGGCUUAACAUUUUUUCAAGGUCCAUACCAAAAGACUGACUCUUUUCUGAACCCCCAUGCUCUCUUAUCCUUCCAUUUAUUUGAUAAUGACCCUUAGUUUGGAGCCUAACCAGCUAGCAGCAAACAGUCCCUCCCUCCAUCUUAGUCAGAAGAAAAAGAGAUUCCUUGCAUUGCCCCAUAUCUUUUGCCUUUCAAAUAUUCCUUUAACUAUUGAUUCUUCGUUCAUACUCUCCACCAUCUCCAUUAUCUCAUACAAAGCAUAAUCUUCUCCAGGUUUCUCAUUGUCCCCAUCUCCUUGGCCUCAUGGUGGUGCCGGAGUUAGAGGUAAGCUUUUAUUGCAUCAAUAGAACAUCAACGAUAUUGCAACAAUCUCAGCUAACCAGUGUUUGUUGUCGUCAAAUAUUGCAGAAACCUCGAGUCAUCGAGAUACAAGUCCGAAUGGAUUGCAAUGGCUGUGUGCAGAAGAUCAAGAAGGCGCUACAUGGCAUUCAUGGUAUUUAUGAAGUUUAUCCUGAUAUUGCUCAGCAGAAAUUGACAAUAAUAGGGUGGGCAGAUCCAGAAAGAAUAGUUAAGGCAAUUAGAAAAACUAGGAAGAUUGCAACAAUCUGUUCCCAUUCAGAACCAACAAAACAACCGCCUGAAGGUGGUCCAGCAGCUGCAGAGGCAGCAAAUCCUCCUCCAUCAGAAGCUCCACCGGCUGAAGCUGCUCCACAAGUUCAAUCACAGCCUGAAGCAGCCCCACCUGCAGAGCCACCAAAAGACCUACCACCACAAGAGAAUCCACAGCCACAGCAAGCACCAGCACCUGCAGCUACUGAUGCCAAUGCUAGCCAGCAACCACCACAACCUUCUGGACCCAAAGAUGUCGAAGAAGUUCCUGUAAUAUGCCACCAUCCACCUGAUUAUGGGUAUAGAUAUGGCUAUAUUCACAGCUAUGGAGGGCCCUGGAGCAGACAGUACCCCAAUAGCCAAGGCAGUAUCUAUCCUGAACCACUAAGCAGACACCCUAAUAGCCAAGUUUUCCACCAUGAACCACCACAACCUGCCUUUUUAACUCACAGCUACAGCACAUACAAGCCAUCACCAUAUGUAACAGAAUAUGAAUAUGUUCAUUCACCACCACGGUACACGCAUUACAGUAGGAUUGAUCACAACAAUGAAGACUAUCCCAAUAAUUACGGCAAUGGCGGCGGCGGCAGCAGCAGCAGCAACGGCAAUGGCAAUGGAAAUAUCACAUCGAUAUUUAGCGAUGAAAAUCCCAACGCUUGUAGCAUAAUGUAGAUAGUUAAGCUAGAAAGAAAUGAUCGAAAGGGGCUCUUUCUUUUGCCUCCGGGUGGGAGAGGAAAAAAAAACUGUAGAAUCUUGAGGCGGCACUAUUUUUUUCCUAGGAGCAUGUGCAAAAAGAAGCAAAAAAAACCUGCCCAUGUUGAGGGAGGUAUCGAAUCGAUUCUAUGCUUGUAAGUGCUGGAAGAAUCGUUUCUGCAAUCCACUUGUGAGAGAGAUUAUUUGCUAUCAGGGUCAUUUCUUGUGAAAAUAUAAAUCUACAAUCCAACUUCUCAGCCAGCCAACCAUCCAAUUUCGCCAGGAUAUUGAUAUUGUUUCUCAACUCUUUCUAUAAAAACUAGAUGGUUCUUAAAACUACUUCAUAUUUGGUUCACAAGUCUCACAUAUAAAUUAAGGCGUUCAAACUUGAAAUCAUUAAAAAUAGAUUGUUAAUGUCAAAUAUUCUUAGGAGAAACUGAAGAAUCAAAAGUACAACAUUGAGGGACUCAAGAUUCAGGACUUCAACCAGAUAUACUACUGUACUUGUAUGAUAUUCCCCUUAAUGAUGACAAGGCUCCCAAGCUGAUUUCAGAACAAGAGAAA